GUAAAUACCCACAAAAAAACUCCAUACAGCAAACCACAUUACACGCCAACUACUAGGCUAUUAUGCGAAUGUGAAUUAUAUUCACCUGCCAAUUAUUAUAAUGAUCCGGAAAUGAAAAAAGUAAUGGAAAAUUUCAAUAAACAGACGGAAGAACGUUUU